CCGGGUUAUUGCGAGAUUUAGCACCAGCUUUCAGCUGGGUCUUGUGAUCCCUGUCAGGGGAGGCUUCUGGAUACUCCUGAAUUUCAAUUCCCACCUAUUUAUCGCAUCCACCCCGUAACCAAAAUCCUUUCCAAAAGCCAAUCUCGAAGCUUAAUACUUGAACAUAAGAUUAUUCAAGAUGACUUUACCCAAAGGCACGAUAAUCGCCACAGGCGCAGCAAGUGGAAUUGGCAGCGGCUGGCUCCUCACACAUCUCAAGUCUCCGCAGGCAAAGCUCUACCACACAAUCUACAUCAUCCACCCUUCUGCACCAGGAAAUCUGAGAGAGAUUCUCCAAAACCACGCUCCUUCAGAACACACGUAUGAGAUCUUACCUUUAGAUCUCUCCAAUAUGUCGGAAAUCCGCCUUGCAGCUACGGAUUUUAACCGCCGAGUUGAGAAAGGCGAACUCGGCAAGAUCAAGAUUUUGUUGUUGAUUGCGGGAGCAAUGUUCUUGGAUCCUAAGACGAAGGAUGGAGUGUCUUUUACAGAUGAAGGAAUCGAAUCCCACAUGGCUGUUAACUACCUUUCCAACUACCUUCUCAUUCUCCUCUUACUCCAAAGCUUGGAGAAGAAAGGGUCCCGGAUUAUCGCCAUGGGAAGCACGAACCACAAUCCUGAUUUCUUGUCCACUCAGGGCUCGUUUCAUAGUAAGGAGUUGAAGAUCUUGUUUGGUGACGGAGGGCUGGAGGAUUUGAUUAAGGCGACGGAGAAGGUGAGGACUGGCGACGCAUUUCCGGCGAGCGUGAGGAGGUAUGGCCGGAGUAAAUGGUGUCUAAUCGCCUUUUUGUGAGUAUUUGUCUCCUCUUUUAAAAUUUGAACCUGAGGGAGAU